CUGCUGGAAAGUUGAGCUUUCAACUGCAGGAGAGACGGGGGCUCUGGUGACUUAGCAGCCUUUAAAAAUAACACAGAUGAGGAAGAUUAGGUGCUGGGGUAGAAGGCUGGAACACUCCAGGAAUAUAACUCGUGGACUCAAAACCCUAAAGUAAACAUGCUGCGUUGCAACACACACACAGCUAAACAAUGGCAUCGGCAAUGAUAAGUCACUUAUUCCCCUGAGCGAACCCGUGGCCCAAUCCUGACAGUUUCUCCAGCAGAAAUAACUCUUUGUUUCUCAAUGCCUGCCCUGAGCAAGGGCUUCAGGAUGUAGCACAGUAGCCGACUCCAUCCAGAGCACAGCGGUGGCUAGGACCCAGCGAGAGCCCAGAGAGGAGUACAGAGGAAGACAGGCAACAUGAUUUAAAGCAGACACUGUCCCAAAUAAGGUUAUUCCACUGAAAAUGCCUUCAUUAUGAAGUUACAAGCGAGCCUCUUGGCAUCCUGAGUGGGUGAACCUGAAGCUGAAGAACAGUUUCAUCGGCAUUAGGACUGAGCUGGUUUUGAAGAGCUGGAUAUGCUUUUUAAUGACGUGAUAAGCAGUGUUUGGGGAUGCAAGAAACCCUUGAAACAAGAACCAUGAAAAUGUACGUCAUCUUCUUCCUGGCAGUGGUGAACAAAGGGACCUCUAACUAUCAGCCCACAGAGGGGAUGUCCUGUGAAAUGGAAAACUCACAGGCAUUUUGCCACAACAAAGACCUCCACCAAAUCCCUCGUGAGCUUCAUCUGAAUGUAAACAAAAUAGAUCUGUCUGGAAAUCUGAUUCAAAGUAUCCCUGAAAUGCCAUUAUCAUUUUACACUUCCCUACAGUGCCUGGAUUUAAGCUCUAACCAGAUAAGCUUCAUCACGCCUGGAGUCUUUGCACAUAUGACGAGUUUGCUGGAAAUAAAUUUAGCCAACAAUCACUUAUAUGAGCUUGCUCAGAAUGGGACAGAGGGGAUCGGACUUUUACCUAAGGUAGAAAUACUGGACUUGUCCCACAACAGUCUGUACAACGGGAUGGCUGAGUAUUUCAUCAAACAAGCUCCAGCACUGCAGUAUCUUUCCUUGGCAGACAAUAGUAUUAUAAUGAUAUCACAGAAGAUGUUUCAGGGAUCUCCCAGUCUUGUGGAGAUAGAUCUUCAGAGUAAUAUCAUAAUGGAAAUAGAAGAAGGUGCUUUUGAGACUCUAGUGAACCUUUCUAAACUCAAUCUCUCCAUGAAUUCAAUUACUUGCAUCUCUGAUUUCAACCUCAGGCAGCUAGAGAUACUUGACCUUAGCAGGAAUAGCAUUGAGACCUUCCACACCGUGAAGUCAGAUGAUGAAUAUAACCUAAGAUGUUUGGAUCUGAGUGAAAACAAGCUACUUCACUUCCCAGUCUUCCCCCAGGUAAAUAAACUGGUAACUCUGAAUUUAUCAAAGAAUUUAAUCCAGCUCACUGCUGAAUCCCCUCAUAAUAAAAUGGACUAUAUGGAAAAUGAAUGGCUGGAUGCUUCUUUUCAUCUUCUUGAUCAGAAACAAAGUAGAAACAAAAGUUCUCUUUAUUUAUCCCAGCUUGUAUAUUUAGACUUAAGUUAUAAUGAAAUCAAAUCCAUUCCGGGUGAGUUUUUUGAAUCAAUGUUGUCCCUUCAUACCCUUAAUCUCAGUAAAAACUGUCUUCAGGCAUUUGCAGUAACUUACGACAGCGCAUUGGUCUCCCUAACAGUCCUUGACUUGAGCCACAAUGCUUUACAGAACCUUUUCCUAGAUGCUGGCACGUUGUCAAAUUUGAAGGAGCUCUAUAUUCAAAACAACCAUCUUCAGGCCUUGCAAUUUGAUAUCUUCUCUAGUCUCCCUAACCUCAGAAUGCUCAAUCUACAAAGCAAUAAUAUCAGCCUUUGCAGCAUGUACUCAGGAUUAGCUAAGCAAAGACUUGCUGGAGAGGAAAGUGGUUGUGUAUCGUUUGUUGAUUCUCCUGCCCUUCAGUACCUGUACCUAGCCGACAACAUGUUGAACAUCCUACCAGCAUACACUUUCUACAAGACUUCUCUGAUUGUCUUGGAUCUGUCCAUGAACCCUGGACUGAAAAUAGAAGUUAAAGCAUUAUCGGGACUGGAAAAAUCUCUGGAAUAUUUGUACUUACAUGGCAACAGCCUGAUAGAUUUAAAUAUUUACUUGCCUUCUUUUAGUCACCUUAAACAUUUAAACAUUUCUGAAAAUCAGCUGAACUGGCUGCCUAAGUGGGGUAGUGACUCUCCACUGGAAGUUCUAGACCUACGGAACAAUAGGUUUAGUACAUUACAGAACAGCAAUAUUUUAGCAUUAGAAAACUCCCUCAAAAACUUAUAUGUCACUGGGAACCCACUGAACUGCUGUGGAAACAUCUGGCUCUCAUCGAUGAUCCAGAACAAAAAUGUCCAGAUCCCCAAUGUGGAGCACUUAACAUGCCAAUACACUCAAAACUUUGGGUAUCAUGAAGAAAUGCACAUCAGGAACAUCAGACCAGAAGACUGUGAAAAAGAGGAUUUAAAGAAAAUCAACUUCCUUAUUAUACUAACAUUUGUAUUAGUUGUAUCGGUGAUCAUCAUCGGUGUGGGUUCAUUUUUCUGUUUUCGCAGGCAAAACUUUAGCCAUCAGUUUAAAGCAUAGGAACACAGAAUGCCUUGAAAACCGAAGAAAUCAGGUGCUACACUGCCAGUGUGUAGAAAUGAAGGGUAAAAUUCUCAUCUUUGAUUUUUAACUGUGGAUUUUAAGACAGUUUCGAAGUGUCCCUGAACUGCAUCACUGUAGCGCUCUGGGUUGCAGGGACUGAAAUGAGAAUUUGCCAUGUUUUGCACUUGCUUCUUUCACAACCUUAAAAAGUUUAUACUUCAUAAGUGGUGAUAUAAACCAACCAAAAAAAAAGCUGUCUAAGGUCUUGAGACUUUUCACUAAGUUUGCAGAUACUUUGUUAUGCCACCUUCACUCUGCCACCUUCAAGGAAAGACCAUGGAAAUUGAGUAUUGUAACUGCGUCACCUCUGGUGAUAUCAGAUGAGUAGGAAAGCCCUUCCAUGAGUUCCAAAACAAUGAGAAUUUAGUUAAAAAAGGAAAUCACAAUUUGCAUCUGUUGUGCUUGUGACUGCCAUUUUGAAAAUGCACAGUUGACCACAGUAACAAGAGACCUUGGUUGUAGAAAGGUUUGAUUACCUUUCUUUGCUUGUAGUAUGUUGCUCCAGCCAUGGGGGCAAGACACAAGAAGCAUAUGAGGUUAAUCAGUCUUGUCACUUAAAACCCAUGAGGGGUGUAGGAGAAAUCUCAGGCGUGAAACAGCUGCGCUAUACAUUACCCAGAUCUGCUUAGAAGGUCAUAGGUCCACAGUUCAACUCAAAGAGGAGAAAUCUGCCCUUCACGUGCAAUACAUAUUUAACUGGGUUUAAUGUGAAGAAACUCAUCUCUGGGAUGAAUGUUUUCAAAAGAAAAAUUUUGGAGAAUGAAUUUCAACCAGCUAACAUUGGACUGAAAUGCUUAUAUUUCUAAGGAAAACUAUUGGAAACUCACUGCAUACAGCUGCAUGUCAAUGCAAAAGAAUAAUGUAUCUAUUUUUAAAGGUCACAGGAGGUUAGACAGCAAAAACGUGUUUUAAAGAUACCAAUGUGAAACAACAUGCUGGGAGCUUAGUCCUGGGCCGUUAUUCAAAUCAAAGGUCUACUGACCUUCCAUAAAAGGAGAUCAUGGCCUAGAGAACUGGCUGCAAGAAAAGUUAAGUAGAUUCUUAUUCUGUGAUGGAUUUGACAUGGCCAACCUGUUACAUUGCUAAAAACUGACACAAACAUAUGUUGUGUCCCACACUCUGAGAGCAAGUUCACCCCUUUGAAGUGAAAAGAAGCUCGCAACAGUGGGAGCCUGACCUCCCAGCCGGGUUCGGUGGCUUCAAAAGGAGCUAUAUCAGGUUUUCUGUUAAUGCCAGGGACCGUACAUUAAGGCACGUAAAAGAAACAGAGGUCAACCCAAAACCUGUCCAGGUAACUAACUCAGAGUCAAAUUGCUGCUCCGUUUCUGUUUCUUCCACCUAGUGAAUGUCAAAAUAAACACACUACAAAAAGCUGUAUAGUUCUAUUUUAAAAGAAAUUAUGUAAGGAACUGGCUGUUAGUUUUCAAUGUGGAAUUUUGUACAAUAAAAACACCUUUGAAUUUUGUAAAAAGCACAGGGUUGUGAAUAUAUUAAAA